GCCUAAUGCAAGCGCAGGAUCGUCUCUCUGCCAGUCUUUAGCGUAUCCACCUGCCUGCCAGUACGAGAGAGCAAGGGGUUACCAAACAUCACACCGCUGUACCUUGGAAGCCAGCUGUCUGCUCUCCCUCCUCCCUCUUCAGCCUCUGGAACUCUUUUUCUCCCAGCUGAACAACGAGGACGUUGUGGGAUCCUGGAGUGAUCAAGAAACCGGGUGAUUCUCCCUGAUGCCCAUCCAAAUUGGAGCGCCUCUCUUGGAGGGCCAUGCAGUGUUUUUUGAGAGCCCCCAAGCUCAACAAAUCCCAGGAGAACGUCUUACUGGAGGAGAGCCAGAAAGUAGCAGCUUUGAAUGGGAAACGACUGGGUUUACAGGAUGACAACGACCUCAAGUUCCUCCUGAGGGGGAGCCACCUCCUGAAGGUCAAGUCCAACUCGUGGAGGCGAGAGCGUUUCUACAAGCUCCAGGAGGACUGCAAGACCAUAUGGCAGGAGUCCAAGAAGAUGCUGAGAUCACCCGAGUCGCAGCUCUUCUCCAUAGAGGAUAUCCAGGAUGUGAGGGCAGGCCAUAAGACAGAAGGGAUGGAAAAAUAUGCCAAGGAUGUCCCUGAAUAUCGCUGCUUUUCUAUCAUCUUCAAAGACCAGAGGAAAAACCUGGACCUCAUAGCCAGCUCUGAGGUGGAUGCGAACCACUGGGUGGCCGGCCUGGGAAAGAUCAUUGCGAAGACCAACUCCAUGAGUCAGAGGCAGAAACUACAGCACUGGAUUCAUGCCUGUUUGCGGAAGGCGGACAAGAACAAAGAUAACAAGAUGAGCUUUAAAGAGCUCAAGAACUUCCUGAAAGAAGUCAACAUCCAAGUAGAUGACAACUAUGCCCGGCAAAUCUUUGAGCCCUGGCUCAGGUUACAACUUAUAAAGAAGUUUCACCUCUGCUCUCUGUGUUCACAGCAAUGUGACACAUCUCAAACAGACACCUUGGAAGAUGAUGAAAUAGAAGUCUUCUAUAAGUUACUGACCGAGCGGGAAGAGAUUGACCAGAUCUUCUCGCAAUAUUCUGAUGCUGAACAGAUCAUGUCUCUAGACAACCUGGUGAGAUUCCUCCAAGAAGAACAGCGUGAGGAAGAUGCAGGACCUGAGCUGGCACGCUCUCUGAUCGAGAGAUAUGAACCCAACGAAACCAUCAAAAAGGAGCUGGCCAUGACGAAAGAUGGCUUCCUGAUGUAUUUGCUGUCAGAUGAUGGAAAUGUCUUCGAUAAGGCACACCGCCAAGUGUACCAGGACAUGACAAAACCCCUCAGUCACUAUUUUGUGUCCUCUUCACACAACACCUACCUCAUGGAAGAUCAGCUGACAGGGCCCAGCAGUACAGAGGCCUACAUCAGAGCUCUGACUAAAGGCUGCCGCUGUGUUGAACUGGAUUGCUGGGACGGCCCUAAUUCGGAGCCAGUGAUUUACCAUGGCUAUACCCUCACCUCCAAGAUCCUCUUCUGUGACGUCAUAAAAGCCAUUAAGAACUAUGCUUUCAAGACCUCUCCUUAUCCCGUCAUCCUGUCCCUGGAGAACCAUUGCAGCAUAGAGCAGCAGAAGACGAUGGCCCACCAUCUUCAGACCAUCUUGCAAGACGCGCUGCUGUUGGCCCCUCUUGAUUCCAACAAGUACUUACCUUCACCGGAGCAACUGAAGGGGAAGAUUCUCAUUAAAGGGAAAAAGCUGAGUGCAGAGGCUGAAGAGGUCUCCGAUGAGGAUGAAGCGGCUGAAAUGGAAGAUGAAUCUGUGAAGAUUGAAGUCGAAAGCAAAAAGACGACGGACAAACUCAAGCUUGCCAAACAGCUGUCGGACACCAUCGUCUAUUGCAAAAGUGUCCACUUUGAAGGUUUUGAUGACUCCAGUCCCCGGCCCUUCAAUGAGAUGGCAUCCUUCAGUGAAAGCAAAGCUCUAAAGUUAGCCCAGGAGUCUGGAACCAGCUUCAUCCAUCACAACCUCAAGCAACUAAGCAGGAUCUACCCAGCAGGAUGGAGGACGGAUUCCUCUAACUAUAAUCCCAUUGACAUGUGGAAUGUGGGUUGCCAGAUAGUUGCUCUGAAUUUUCAGACCAAGGGUACAGAAAUGGACAUGUACCAAGGCCUAUUUCAAGAAAACGGCUUUUGUGGUUAUGUCCUAAAACCAGACUUUCUUCAAGACCAGAACUCUAAAUUCAAUCCCAAACACAUCACGGAAGGGCCAUGGCGGACGCGGAAGAAAUUGCAAGUUAAGGUCAUCUCCGGCCAGCAGCUGCCCAAGGUGAACAAAAGCCAAAACUCCAUUGUUGACCCGAGGGUGAUUGUCGAAAUCCACGGCGUCCAGCGGGACAAUGACAAGAAACAGACGAGAGUUAUCGACAACAACGGUUUUAACCCAAACUGGAAAGAAACAUUUGAAUUUGAGAUUGACGUUCCCAAGCUUGCUCUGGUUCGUUUCAUGGUGGAAGAUUUCGACGCGUCGACAAAAAAUGACUUUAUUGGGCAGUUCACCACCCCUUUCACGAGCCUAAAGCAAGGUUACCGGCACAUUCACCUCUUGACAAAGAACGGAGACUCGUACCCAUCCGCCACCCUCUUUGUGCACAUCAAUAUUCUGGAUGCUUAGCAGGGAUGCAGCCAUCUUCUCUGACCACUCGGGGGGGGGGUCUGUCUUCAUGUUCCUAAUGAACUUGGAUUCCCAGGCUGGAAGAAAAACUCUGAACUCUCCCCUGCUUUUCAGCUCCUGCAGGAUUUGUAGAGACCUCAGCAGCCCCACCCACCCUCUUAAAUGCGCGAAGGGGACUUUUCUGCAUUUAGGUCUGACAAAUGCUGCACAAACUUCUUUAUGUAGCAAAUUCCUUACAUGGGAGGCACAGUUUGAAAACACGCCUGCCCCCCAAUCGAAGCUGCUGUUUCCGGGGGAAGAGAAAAGAGGGGCCCCGCAUUCAAGUUAACUUAGCAAUAAAUUCACUUCGGUGGCUGUUACUUUAGCCCUGCAAGGCUAAAAAGUACAUUUUCUGGCUUGUUGUCCAAGCCUUUAUCUAAACUGCAGCAUGGGGCCAAGCAACCCCAGAUUUACAUUUGAGCCAUCUGCUCUGGGGCCUCAUUUGCAGGUUUCUGUCUCUGUCUUCUCCUUUGUUUGGCUGAUGAUGUCUGCCUGCUUUGGGCUGUGAAUCAAGGCAAUAGUCCUUUCUCAUCUUAGUUUUCAGGGGUAUUUUUAAAAGCCAGGUUUCUGGCUCUUAUGAUGGGUAAGAGGCACUUGGAUGUAUAGAUCCAGAGGAGUUAGCCGUGUUAGUCUGUAAUUGCAAAAUAGUAAAGAGUCCAGUAGCA